AUCCCUGGGAGACAGCCACACACUGACCAUCACCUCCACCGAGCCCUCCGACCAGGGUGAGUUGGUCUGUCACGUGCACAACACGCGCGGCUCAGCCUCCCACACCUGUACCCUGCACGUGCACCCCAGAGGGCGCCCUCUACCGGUGGGGACCCCCGCCCUACCGCACGGACGCUGGACUCACGGAGUGGAGGAUGACGACAGCUCAGACAGAAGCACCGUGCCGGGUCAAAGUGCACCAUCCACCCACCAGCCGCCCGUACCGGGGAUAUCUCUGAACACCGCCAAGUCACGCACUCCUUCCGGCCGUAUCUCUUUCUUGAAGCCAAUGACGCCUGCCCAGGAGUCACAGGUCUCGGGACUAGGAGAGGCGGCUCCUGAGGUGAGGAUGGUCGUCAAAGUUCCUGGUCUGGGCUGGCAGGAGAAGAGAGGAGGAGGAGGAGGAGGAGGUGCCGGUGUGAGGCAACAGGAGCAGGGGAGUUCAGGGGCGGGGGAGAGCGGUGUGACAGACUUCAGGAGUGUGCUCAAACCCAGACCCGCCGCACCCCUCGUGAGAACAGCCUUGAGACCCGACACCAGCGCCGUGAUGGACUUCCGGGAAGUUCUGUCCAGGAGUAAAAAGAAAGAGGCCGACCAGGUCUGUGGUGGCGGGAGAGAUGACCUGGCCGGUGAGGGGGAGAGUAACGUAAGAGGUUUACAAGAGGGCGCUGGUUUGGUUGGGUCAGAGCUGAGGCGUUUGCAGGUGGCGAGGAACUCUCGGAACGUGAUGUCACGUGGUGUGGAUGUACCAGGGAGCGGGGGUGUGGGGGUGAGGUUGUCCCCCUCUAGGCACACGGGCGGCAGCCAGACACACAGGGAGCUGACCUAUCAGCGCAGCCCGGCAGGCGUCAACCCGUUCGGUCUCAAGUCCGUGAACCGCUCUCUGGGCGCGCUGAGAACGUCUGGCGGGGGGCCGGGGGAUGGGGAGGUUCAGGAGGCGCCUCUCUCGGCCAGGGAGAGCCGCUGGAGAGAGCGGAAGUACUCUCCCUCUUCCUCACGGGAUUUUGAGCCUGAGGAUGUCUCGACGUCGACGAAAGCCACGCCCAUCUCAUCGGACGCCACGCCCUCCUCUUGGAAAGCCACGCCCAUCUCAUUGGACGCCACACCCUCCUCUUGGAAAGCCACGCCCAUUUCAUCGGACGCCACGCCCUCCUCUUGGAAAGCCGCCCCUAUCUCAUCAGUGUCAACGAAAGCUUCGCCUUUUUCAUCAGAAGCCACACCCACGUCGUCGAAAGCCACGCCCACCCCACUGGACUCCACAGCCACGACAUCAGAACCCAGACACUCCCCCACUCCCGGGGCUGUCUCCACCUCCUCACACCCGGCAAGACAAGACAACGCCCCCUCCUCCUCCUUCAAAGACCGUUGGUUGUUUGGCAGCGGCUCCGGACAGCGAGUCUCUCCCGCCCCACUCACGUCUCUCGCAGAUUCUCGCCAGCGUCAGAGCUCACGCGAGAGACGACCUGGCUCAAACGACAGACUGAACGGUGACGUCACAGAAUCUCAAGGACGCUACAGUUCUCAUCUGGCCAGGUAUGAGUCAAGAUUCUCAAAACCCGAUAAAGGCGGUGGUUCUGAUAUAACGUUAUCAGCCCGGGAGAAUUCGCCAGGAACUGACUCUAGAUCUAAUGGCAUCCGCUCAUCUUUAUCGAAACUUACUACGCAAAAUGUUGACCCAAGUGUACUUACAUUCGCCGCAAAAACUGAAACUUCCAUGGAAAAUCUGCACUCGGGUCGGUUGAGAGAAAAUGUGAAGGGAACAUCCUCUAGUGUCCUUGUGGGGCAAAGAGAAGACGAGAUAGCCAAGAAAGCCUCGAAACAAGCGGAGAACCAUGACUUACAAUUGUCUGCUUUUUCUCUGGGCUCGGGGAACGCUUUAGAGAGUCCGGCAGCAUCGAGAGGUCAAAAUGAAACUACAGCGAUUGGCUCAUCUUUGGCAACCGUCUCUAUACUUCCCCCUUCAUUAUCAUCAUCAUCGUCGUCAUCAUCAUCAUCGUCAACAGCAUUAAGACCCAACGCCGAGUCAGCUGUUCCAGUUUCGGCCUCAGUGUCAUCCUCAGCCACAGCCGUGACGUCACCCCGCCAGGUGUCCCCGACAGCGGUGACGUCACACGCCGGCACAUUCCCGACCAAACAACCUUCACCUUGCCCUGACGCUGGUGUCCUUGACCCCCGCCGACCCGCCUCGGACAGCCCGCUCCAGGCGGACACCAGCGAUGACGUGUUCACCUCACAGUCGGACCAGAGCUUCUCCUCCGCUACCGAGGAAGCCCCGCCCUCCGUGACGUCAUUCAGCGUGUCACGUGACAGUGGGCGGUCCUCCAGCGGCGGGCUCCUCGACGAUGCGUCAGCGCCAUCCUCGUCACGUGGUGUCUCCUUCAAGCCUGACAUCGAGAAACUCGAGUUUGAAGAUACCACGUGGACGUCCAUGCCACCCAACACCACGCGGGCUGGUCACGUGACGGACAGAGAGGGCACGCGGGCUGGUCACGUGACGAACAGAGAGGGCACGCGGAGCGCCGGGCCUUUCAGAACAGAAGCGCCGUGGUCGGCCCGGGACGCCAAGUCUACCUCGUCGUCGCCAUGGCAACCGUACUCCUCGGAAGCGCCAGAGGCUGUGGACGACUUCCGGAAGGUGAAGCUCCGCCCAUCACCCCGCCCAUCGCCACGCCCCGCGCCCGCCCCCGGGGACCUGAGGAGCAGCAAGUUCAUGUCUCGCUCCACAGAGAGCAUCUUUACAGACGUCAAGCUCAAGCCCGUGGCCCAGAGGGAGGGGUUCAAGUCCUCGGACAUCUCCAAGAACGCCGCCUCUGUCAAGUCAAAGUCCCGGAGUAGCGACCUGUCGCAGAUAAUGAACAAGUUCUCUGUCCACACGCCUGCCUCGUCUACUUCUGCUCGGUCUGACCAUGUCGGGAAACCUUCUCAGACCUCCCGGUACAAAGGACAGACAGACGUGGCUCCCGACUCAAGAAAUGGCGCAGCAUGGAAGUCUUCCACUUCAAGAAAUGAAUCUCCAUCCCCAGCUUCUCUGAGGAAAGUUUCCCCAAACAGCUGGUCGUCUCCGAAGCUCGAACCUGUCAGCAGUAAAAGUAUCUGGACGAAAUACGAGCACGUCGUUCGCUCCAAGUCUCCCACCCCGCCCCGGGAAAGCCGGAGCUCAUUUGUCGGUUCUGCCAUCAGCGGCAGGGGGAGGGAGUACCCCCCAGGGGCCAAACAUUCCUCGCCCAGGGACAUUGCAGCAAAGUUUGAGGCGACCUCGAAGACGACAGAGAGCCAGGUUGUCGACAAGCAGAGAUUUGGAAAUAACGGCAAAGUAGGAGGAGGAGGUGGAAUGACAUCACAAUUCCAGCUGCCCAAAUCUGUGGGAAAUGUGGACAGAGUUAGCGUCACGAACAAACCUCCCGUUCACAGGGGUUCAAUUCCUAGAGAUAGGAGCGAUCGUCCAAGUGACCAAAAAGACGACGUGUUGUCAGUUCGGGCUGGAUCAGGACCUCGGCGGAACCAGACACGAGACUCACCGGCCCGGAGGUCGGCGGAGAAUGUCAAGGACGUCGCGGGGGCUGACGGGAGGAGAGAGGUGGCCGGGUCAUCCGGGUUCAUAGACAAGCUGCGUCAGUGGAAGGCCGAGGACCUGUCGCCCGACCGCUCGGCCGCCAAGGCGAAGACUCUGAGAGAGAUUGGCAAGUCCCAGUCCAAUUCCUCCCUGCCCACGUCACCGUCUGAGGGCGGGGUCAGCGGGUCACGCCUGGACAACAUCCCGGACUGGGUCAAGCAGAAGGCUUACGCCAAACGGGGAUCUCUGCAGCUGGACAAGUCUUCGGACCUGGUGAUGAGUCAGCCCGAGCUGAGGGCGCUCACUCUGGGCGCCACAGGGGAGACAAUCCGACAGCUGAGGGCUCAGGCUGAUCACGUGAGGAGAGGUCAGGUGACGAGUGCCGGUCGGCUCAGCGGAAGUUGUGACGAUGUGCAGAGUCGUGAUGUGGACACAGAGACUGAUGACGUAGAAAGCAGAGUGGGGAAUUCAGCGAUGGGUGAGGAGGUGAGGAGGUCAAAAGACAAUGACAUAAUUAAUGGGACGCAAAGUUCAAAGGUGAAAGAGGAAACGGAAGACUUGAAUAGGUUUAAAAUAGACGACAGAACUGAUGAGUUUAAAGGUGGAAAGAUCAAUGAAGUUUUCACCACAGUUAAAGACAAAGAAACAGAUAGAAAUACAAACUUUUCAAACUCGGAAAAUGCAGCGACCCUCCCAUCAAAAGACCAGGCGAAGUCGCUAACACAAGUGAGCCACACUUCUCUGAGAAGAGGAGGAGGAGGAGGAGGCGGAGGAGGAGGAGGAGGAGGAGGACUCCGGAAUACCACCCCACCAGCCCCUCCCCAUGCAGCAGCCAACAGAACCUCCCCUGAAGCAGAAGCCAAACCCUCCUGGCUCAACCGGAAGCCCGUGACAGACAUCGAGGGGAGGAUCAAAGCCAACGCCUCGCCGCGGACUCAGAGGGAGACAACUCCGGAGUGGCUCAGGCUCAGACCGUCUCAGGACGUCAAGAUAGAUCGGCACACGGAGAAUGAGCGGAAGCGAUUUGAAGUCAACCCCAACACUUUUGAGAGACCGAAAGGCAGAAACAACAAUGAUGGUUCAGGUGAAGCCGCUCAAAGUUCACAAACCUUGCAGGCUUCAAGUUUAUCCUCAACCAGCCCUGGGAAUGUGGACAGAAAUAGGGAGACGGCUGCACUCGCAGCUGGUAAUGUGGAUAAAUCUAAGAUGACCUUCUCUGAACAAGAUUCUCUCAUCAAUGCGCGUUCACCUGCUCAGUUUGGCGGUACAUCUUCUGAACCAACGUCUCAGUCAGUGGAUAAUGUACCUGUAGUAAGAGGUACGGGUGGUAACAGUGGCGUCAGAGGUACUGGUGACAACAGUGACGUCAGGACAGAAAAACUCCCAGGACUGAGUGAUGAGUCAGUGUCGUCAUUACCGUCUAAGGAACCAGCGCUCCUGACUGAUGACGUCAAAAUCGUGUCUGACAGGAGUUCUCGCGUGGGUCGAGGUCAGAGGACCGACCAGCCUUCUGGGACAGUCCAGGAGCGAGUGUACAGGCCAGGUGGUGAUGAGGCAGCGGUAGGAUUGAAACCGACAGCAACGCCAAGCCAGUUUACAACAGAAGGCGUUGCUAACUCGUCGUCAUGGAAACGAUCGUCCACUGUUGACCCGAAGGAGAAAACAUCUCAGCAGGACGGGGAGCCGGCGACAAGCUCUGGUUUGACCCCAAUCAAAGAGCCAGUGACUCCCGCCCCCACCUCACCCACCACCGACAACGAGCUGUCUCCGAGGUAUGAACCCAUGUCCCGACCGCCCACGACCGUGCCUGACGACGCUGCUUCCACCGCUUCCACUGUGUCCACCACCUCGCUCUCUUCUACUACCUCAGACGUCUCUAGCACAACAACCGACUCGGGCUAUGGACGAGGUAUGACAGACACAGACGGGGAACCUUCCCGCCUCUCCGAUGACGUGUCACAUUCCACAGAGUCUGGCGUCAGACCCGGACGAACAGACACCCGUAAACCUAACCGUGAGGUCACUAACGGUCAAAACACGUCAUCUAUUGGCUCGAGAGUUUCCACGAAUCUGGCGGAGAAAAAAAGGGAACUUUUGCGAUCCAGGGUCUCUAAAUCGCCCGUAGACAAUGUAGGAAGGACUUCACGCGAAGUUGUCGCUCCUACCUCCACUCUCUCCUCAGAUUCUGGCUUCUCGGAGAAGACCGAGGGUGUAGCUGAAGUCAGGGAAGAUUCUCGGACACACAAGAUGAACGGGAGCCAGGCCGAGGGGUCAGAGGGAAAGCCUUCCCUGGUACCGGCGGUCAGUCCCGACAACGCCAGGAACGGUCAGUUGAGUGACGUCAGACCCAGGGGCUCGGCAGACGAUGUGGCCAGUAGGCUCAAGUCUCGCUUCUCGGCCUUGGACAGUUCCAGACGAGAGUUCAUCCAGGCUAACGAGUUUGGCGGGAAGCGGGCCCAGAGCCCUGCCAGACAGAUAAAGGAGGUGGGAGCAGAUGAUGGUGGUGAAUCCCAUAAGGUGAGGAAUUUGGAGAAAGUGGAAAGUGAUGCCACCAUGUCUGGGGUUGGGGAAGCCACGAGGAACAAGGACUCGCCUCUUGCGGGUGACAAAAUCACAGCUGGCCCGACCUCCUUAACCCACGACCUUCCAGGAGAGGCUGUGUGCUCGAAGGAUGAUGGUGAUAGAGAUUAUGAUGGCAUCGAUGAGGUCAACGAGAAGGUCACAGAUGACGUAGGUAGGUCAAAGGUUGAUCAGAACAGCGACAACCUUGACCCGGAGAGACAGAGAGGCCGGGCGGGAGAGUCAGAGAGAGGUCGGCCUUCAGUGGACCCGCUGGCCCAGAGAGCCUCUCAGGCUAAGCGUCCGGUUGACCUUGACAUUUCGACCAGGAAAAGCUCAAGGUCGCGACUGAAGGUCGAUUCUGAACUCCCGCAGCCCGCCUCGGGUGGUGUAGAAGUUAGUGACGACGGACUGAGGCCCAGGAGGACUAGGGGUCGUCUCGGUGAAAUUUCCUCGUCGGAGCAGAUGACGGAGGUCACGGAUAAGGUCAAGGUCACUGCCUCAGAGGUCGCCCCUCGCUUCUCGUGCCCGCUGCAGGAUGUGAGCGUCAUGUACGGAUCCCGAGCCACAUUGCAGUGUCGAGUGGAGGGUUACCCCACGCCAGAGCUGGACUGGCUGCUGGGCCAGACAUCUGUAGGUGUGGUUGGGAUUCCUUUUACCUGUGUUAUGGGGCGUGGAUUUUACCUGAAUUAA